AAAAGCCAUACGUGGAAAUGUGUGUGUGAGAAGGUGCAUCCUGCAGCAGGGUUUAGUUACAAUCGAUCUUGGGGGGAAAAUAUUGCCUAUGGUCCAAAAAUAAGGAGCAACUAUGUCCUUCUCUCAGUUCGGAUACCCCUACAGCACCACUUCACAGUUCUUCGUGCCCGCCAGCCCCAGCACGACCUGCUGCGAGGCUGCCCCCCGCUCCGUGCCGGAUGCCUCCCCGGCUCCGGCCGCCGCCUCGCUGUGCUGCGCCCCGUACGAGAGCCGGUUACUGGCGCCCGCCCGCGCCGAGCUCAAUGCGGCGCUGGGCAUGUACGGCGCCCCGUACGCCGCCGGACAGGGCUACCUGCCCUACAGCGCCGAGCCCGCCGCGCUCUACACCGCGCUGAACCCCCAGUAUGAAAUCAAGGACGGCGCCGGCACGUUGCACUCGGGGAUCGCGCAGCCCGCCGCCUACUACUCCUACGAUCAUUCCUUGGGGCAGUACCAGUACGACAGGUACGGGACGGUGGAUUUCGGUGGUUCGGCCAGACGCAAAAAUGCAACGAGAGAGACGACGAGCACCCUCAAGACCUGGUUGUACGAGCACCGGAAAAACCCCUACCCCACCAAAGGAGAGAAAAUCAUGCUGGCCAUCAUCACCAAAAUGACCCUGACGCAAGUGUCCACCUGGUUUGCUAACGCUAGACGGAGGCUCAAGAAAGAAAACAAAAUGACCUGGUCUCCCAAGAACAAAGCCGGGGAAGAGAGAAAAGAAGAAACCCCGCGGGAAGAGGAGGAAUACGGCGCGGAGAGCGAAGGCAGAGAGCAGAAGAGCUGCAAGGAGGACAAGGAGCUGCCGUUCAGCGACCUGGACGACCUGGAGGAGGAGGAGGAGGAGGAGGAGGCGGGGAAGCCGGAGAAGGGCCGGGCCAGCUCCCUGCAGGAAGCCCCCAUCCUCGGCGCGGCGCUGCCCGAGGCUCCGCGGAGCGACUGCAGCCUCCCCGGCCCCUUCCGCGCCUUCCCCUGCGCCAAGGGCCCCGCCGCCGACUUCGCCCCGCCGCCCUACGCGCCCGCGGAGAAGCCGCGCAUCUGGUCGCUGGCGCGCACGGCCAAGGGCAGCCCCGAGGGCCGCGGGGCGGAGGGGGAGCCGCCCUCGCCCUCCAAAGCCUCCCGGAGCCCCGCGUUCAGCCUGCAGCCGCUCCCGCGGAGCUGCGCGUCCUACCGCGCCCUGGCGGAGCCGUGCCAGUACGCGGCGGCGGGCGAAGGGCCGCCCGCCCCGUCUGAGCGCUGGCGACGGAGCUCCGGCUGCAGCGAGGAGGCUCUGGGCUCGGCCCGAGCCGGGACCCCCCCGCCCCGCAGGCUCUGCCCGCGGCUCGCCCUGCGCUGCCCGCACGGGGCCGGGGGCGCGUUGGGCCACCACCCGCCUUGACGUCUUUGCCAGAAACAAAAAUGAACCUGUCCUCUUUUUUGGGUUUUUUUUUUUUUUGACCCCCCCCCGACGUGGUUUGUUGUUUUUUUUUCCCUUUCCCCCCCAUAAAACCCGCUCCUCCUCUGGGAGCCCCAGGAGGCGCGGUGGCUCCGCGCCCGCGGGAGGAGGAGCGGCGCAAGUUUUCGCCGGGCUGUGUAUUUCCCGUCGUUGUACAUAGACACCGCCUAAAGUAUUUUUCAGAGUCUCUAAUUAACACGGAUGAGCUGAAGGCCGUGAAGCCGCGCGGUGACCCCGGGAGCUCCGCAGCAUCCCGGGCGGAGCGGUCCCUGCCCCGGGUCAGCGCCCUCGGCCAGCGGAGAGAGCAGGGCUGCACUUUACAGGACAGCGAGAAAGGGAAACCGUAUCUCUGCAUUAUUUCUGUUUAAUUAAAAGUGUCAUCAAACACUUUGUGUUCAGACUAAUAAACCAAGCAGGGAUGAGGAAAGAAUGUUUCUUUGUUCCCGUCUCUAGAAGCAGUGGCAAUAAUUUAAAUUAAUAACUGUGGUAAUUAAGAGGUCAUCUAUAGAUCAACCCUAUACCUGCUAUUUCCAAGUUCACCGGGGUCAACAUUUACAUUAAGUCAUUUGUGGUCAAUAGAGUCCAAUGAAUUCUGCCUUAAUAAAUCAGGGAAAUCAAUCUUGAAUAUCGAGUAGACUUCUGUAUGUUUACCAAAGGCUACCGAGACCAGUGGGGUGCAGGAAUGGGAGCCCU